AAAACCGCAAGUCCAAAUCCGCUGCUAGUAACUGCGUGGACAGGAGCUGGGCUGGAGAGACGCGAUUUGCGUAAAGACCGAGCACGCGGUGAUUGUGUAAAGUAAACUCCGUAACGGGCGCGUCCAUCUACGAAACUAGCGGAAGAAGCGAGCGGCAACUGAUGCGUAAAGCACGCACGUCGCGUUAAACCCACCCUGGGGACUGCAAGGCGCGGCAGGCCGUGGGCACGCCUGCGCUCGAGCCGUGCCCGUGACGUGGGGACAGGCUCGCUCGGCGACCAGAGGCACGCUUCGGAACCAAUCGGCGGGCGGCGCGGUUGAAGCGUAGCCAAUCAGUGGCUCCCCGCCGGCCAUUACGGCCCGGCGCAGAGAGCGUGCGCGGCGCGGCUGAGGGUGGAGACGGGGAAGGCUGCGCUAGACGGUGCUUAGACCCCCUGCUCUGGGGAGAGGGGCGGCUGUUGCCUUACGAGCGUGUCGCACCCGGGGACGUGGGAUCCGUGGCCGUCGCGCGGGGACGUCAGGGGGUCCCUGGGCAGCGUGUCGCGCCAGCGGUGACGUGCGGCCAGUGACGGGGCCCAGGGGGCUGUGAAGCGCAAACGCGAAGGGGACGCGGGGCCAUCGUGUCGCACCGGCGGGGCCGUGGGCGCUCGAGCCCCGACGCCAGCGGGCCGUUGGGCAGUGUCGUUGUACUUAGCGGUGAGGCGGCUCCCCUAGCACCGGGGCUGUCAAGGGGCCCUCGAUCCAUUGUGCGAUCCGGCCUGAGGACAACGUGAGGCCUUUGGAGGCGUGUGCUCCAAGGCAGCUCCCCUUGCCCCCGCGCUCGUGAGGACAAGCGUGAUUGUGGUCUCGGUGUGUGGCGCUGACGAGUGAUCGAUGGCGGCGAGGCCAGGUGUGAGGAGGCUGUCAGGCCGUCGCCUUCCCUCCGCCUGUGAAAGACGCCUGCUUCCCCGGGGCCUGAAUAACGUGGGCCCCCUACCUCCUGAGCCACGGCCACUGCGGCUGCCUUUUCUAGAGGCUGAGGCACCGGCAAGGCAUUCCUUGCUCACAAUGUAUAGAACAAAAGUAAGCUUGAAAGAUCGUCAACAACUUUACAAACUGAUUAUUAGUCAAUUGCUGUACGAUGGAUAUAUAAACAUUGCCAAUGGCCUGAUAAAUGAGAUAAAGCCACAGUCAGUCUGCGCACCCUCUGAACAACUGCUGCAUCUGAUUAAACUAGGAAUGGAGAAUGAUGACAGUGCAGUUCAGUAUGCAAUUGGACGCUCCGAUACAGUAGCUCCAGGAACAGGGAUUGACUUAGAAUUUGACGCAGAUGUCCAGACUAUGUCACCAGAGGCUUCUGAAUAUGAGACCUGUUAUGUCACAUCUCAUAAAGGACCAUGUCGCGUAGCUACAUAUAGCAGAGAUGGGCAGUUAAUAGCUACAGGAUCUGCUGAUGCCUCAAUAAAAAUUCUUGAUACAGAGAGAAUGUUGGCAAAAAGUGCUAUGCCCAUUGAGGUCAUGAUGAAUGAGACAGCACAGCAGAAUAUGGAAAAUCAUCCUGUUAUCCGGACUUUAUAUGACCACGUAGAUGAGGUUACAUGUUUAGCUUUCCAUCCAACAGAACAGAUCCUGGCAUCUGGUUCAAGGGACUAUACACUUAAAUUGUUUGACUAUUCAAAACCUUCUGCCAAGAGAGCCUUCAAAUAUAUCCAGGAAGCAGAAAUGUUACGCUCCAUCUCUUUUCAUCCUUCUGGCGACUUCAUACUUGUUGGUACCCAGCACCCUACCUUACGGCUUUAUGAUAUCAAUACAUUCCAGUGUUUUGUGUCUUGCAAUCCUCAAGAUCAACACACCGAUGCUAUAUGUUCCGUAAACUAUAAUGCUAGUGCUAAUAUGUAUGUGACUGGAAGUAAGGAUGGAUGCAUCAAAUUAUGGGACGGUGUUUCAAAUCGGUGCAUCACUACUUUUGAGAAAGCCCAUGACGGGGCUGAAGUCUGUUCUGCCAUCUUUUCAAAAAAUUCAAAGUACAUCCUGUCAAGUGGAAAAGACUCUGUAGGUAAACUCUGGGAGAUAUCCACAGGUCGAACGCUGGUCAAAUAUACAGGAGCUGGUUUGAGUGGACGACAGGUACACAGAACACAGGCAGUCUUUAACCACACAGAGGACUAUGUGUUGCUACCUGAUGAAAGGACCAUAAGUCUCUGCUGCUGGGACUCAAGAACUGCAGAACGGCGAAAUCUUCUGUCAUUGGGGCAUAACAGUAUUGUCCGUUGUAUUGUUCAUUCUCCGACCAAUCCUGGUUUCAUGACAUGCAGUGAUGACUACAGAGCUCGAUUUUGGUACCGAAGGUCAACCACAGACUAAAGACAGUUUCAUAAACCAGUGAGAUUACCUAGAUGCAUUAUACCAUCUUAUAUUAAGUGUACUGCCAACAGAUGCCUGCACAAGAACCAUUCUGUGUCUGUAUUUAACUUUUGUCAAACAUGGUGGGAAAAGAUGAAAUUACUGAAAUUUAGUUCUCUCUCACUCAUUGACCUUUUUAGUAUAUGUGGAAUCAAUUUUUGUAAGUAGUCUCAACCAUUAUUUCUAAAAACAAUUAAUCCUUACUGCAGGGAUAGUUUUAAAUUUGCUCUUGUAUGUCUAAAUUUUCAAAAUGUUAGUAAUUUAAGUGAGACUCAAUCUGUGUAAAAAUUCUCCAUUACACUUGUGCAAACCUAUUAAAAGUAUUUUUUUAAAAAGAAUGGAUUGCACAAAUUCUCAGUAGAAUUUGGCCAGAUACUUUUUAAAAAGCUUUAAGAUGUUGCUCAGUUCUGAUUCAUAUAUUGUGCGGUGAAAGCCCUGUUUUUGUAUUUUUUUUUUUUUAAUUGGCCAAAUGACCCACCAGCUCUGAGCCAGAAUUUUGUGCCAUAAGAAUUUGAACAUCCAUUUUUAAGUGGUUUAGAUGAAUUCAACAAAAGAUGUUUUAGUUCUGAUAUUAAAGCUCAGACUUGAAAUCUCAUGGCUGACUUUCAUUUUAAUUUCUCUUAACUAACACCUGGCCUCAGCCCAUCAGACCUGAUUACAUGUGUCAGGUAGUGUAUAGCAUGCAUUUGGUUUCAGUUUGAUUCAAGUAGUCUCUUAUCACCCAGGGUUUGUAUAUGUAAACUUAAUUCAUGGCAAGUUGGAGUGUGAGUCUUUAUGCACACUGUUUCAUAUGCACACACACAUACCCCUUUCAUGAGAUAACUGCAUCCUGCUGAUGCACUCGUUGACAAUCAUUUAUACACUUUGAUCUGGUCCCCUUUUAAAGAGAACUAGAUCAAAGCAUUUGAAAGAGUUGCCAACAUGAUGCAUAUAAGCUGUCAUGGGAUAAGAGGGAACGUCCUCUCAUGGACUGAUAACUGGUUAAAAGAUAGGAAGCAAAGGAUAGGA